AUGCGAGGGAAAACUCCAGCCGAAGAAUUGCAUUUUGACCCUGAAAUUGAAAGAACGGCAAGGAGGAACAACAGUAGAACAAGAAGGCUUAGACAGUUAGAGAGAAUCCAAAAACAACAGCAAGAUCUUCUGAGUUCUUCUACUUCAUCAAAUCAACCACACCUUGAAACAGAAAUGGCUGAAGAAGGAACAGGCACUCAUAAUGGUGGACAUGGACCAGCCAGGCAUCCUAGAAGGACCCUAGGUGAUUAUGCACAACAACAUGGUCCUAGGCAUUUCUCUAGCAUUGCAGCUCCAAAUACUUCUAGAGCCAUGGAGAUGAAGCCUGCCUUCCUUACUUUGGUUAGCUCACAACAAUUUGCUGGCCUUGAUCAUGAGGACCCAUACUCACACCUUUCAAAUUUCUAUGAGUUAUGUGGAACAAUGGGAAUUCCUGAAGGUGAUGAGGAAGCUGUAUAUUUGAGGUUGUUUCCAUUCUCUUUAACAGGAAAAGCUAAAGUUUGGUUACAAUCUCACCCAAAUCAAAGUUUGACAAGCUGGGGUGAUGUGGAAAACAAGUUUGUGAAUAGAUUCUAUCCUUCAUCCAAGUAUAUUAAGGCCAAGUCAGAAAUUACUACUUUCAGGCAAGGUGCAGAUGAACCAUUUUGUGAAGCCUGGGAGAGAUUUAAGUCAUUGCUCAGAAAAUGUCCUAACCAUGGGUUUGAAGAUAUAGCUCAACUCAAUUUCUUUGUUAAUGGAAUCAAGCCUGAGGUGAAGAUGUUAUUAGAUGCAGCAGCUGGUGGCACCAUGAUGACUGUGAGCCCAAAAGAAGCUACUCAAAUUAUAGAAUCUUUGGCAUCUUCUGAUCACCAAGCAGAGCAUGGGAGACAUCAAUCUCAUAAAAGAGGAGUUCUUGAUCUCAGUACUAAUGAUGCAAUCCUUGCUCAGAACAAGCUGCUAUCUCAACAGAUUGAAGCACUGACUAAGCAGAUGGCCAAAAUACCACAGCAGCUUCAUGCCAUUGCUUCCUCCCCAGCUCAAUCAAAUUCUUAUUUAAAGUGUGAUUUUUGUGGGGGAGAUCAUCCCAAUGGUCACUGUUCUGAAACUUCAAAUGAAGAAGAGGUCAACUAUGUGGGUAACCAACCGGAAGGAGGUAAUUUUAAUUCCCAUAAUUAUAAUACUAAUAAUUAUAUGCAGGGGAAUCAAGGUUGGAGAAACAAUAACAACAAGGGAUAUGGAUGGAGGAAUGAAGCUGGGCCAUCCAAUAGGCCCCCACAACAACAACAGCAACAUCAGCUUGCUUAUCCCUCUAUGCAUGAAAGAACCAGUAAAUUGGAGGAGACUCUGAACCAGUUCAUGCAGGUAUCUAUGAACAACCAGAAAAACACUGAAGCUUCCAUCAAGAAUUUGGAGGUGCAGGUGGGUCAGCUAGCUAAACAAUUAGCUGACAUGUCUAAAGGCCCAUUUUCAGCCAACACCAAGACCAACCCCAAGGAGUAUUGCAAAGCCAUAACAACAAGAAGUGGGAAGGUAGUUGGUAGUGAUAUUGGGGUGAGUGGUGACAAUGAGGGUGCUGAUAAUAAGGAAGAAAAUAUUAAACUGAAGGCGGUUGAGGAGGAGAUUGAGAAGAAUGAGGGAGAAAGCAAUAAAAAUGAGGGUGUAGAUAACUUACCUUACCCUCAUGCCCCAUCUAAGAAAGAGAAGAAAAGACAAUUUGCAAGGUUUCUGGACAUCAUCAAGAAGCUCCAGAUAAAUAUUCCAUUCACUGAAGCCAUGGAACAAAUGCCUACUUAUGCUCGGUUCAUGAAGGAUCUCUUGACUAAGAAGAAAAGAAUUCUUAAAGAAGAAACUGUGGAGCUUGAGGCUGGGUGUAGUGCCAUCAUACAAAAAUCUUUGCCUCAAAAAUCCAGAGAUCCGGGUAGUUUUACUCUCCCCGUGUCUAUUGGAAAUCUAUCAGUGGGUAAGGCACUCUUGGACCUUGGAGCUAGUAUUAACUUGAUGCCUUUAUCAAUGCUGAAGAAGAUAGGAGAAGUAGAGGUACGACCCACAAGAAUGACCUUACAGUUGGCAGACAGAUCCAUCAAGAUUCCACAUGGCAUAGUGGAAGAUAUGAUAGUGAAGGUUGAUAAGUUCAUGUUUCUAGUUGAUUUCGUAGUCAUGGAUAUGGAAGAGGAUGUAGAAGUUCCUUUGAUAUUGGGCAGACCCUUUAUGAAGACAGCUUGA